AUGCUGGGAGCCAUGUUUGCCAUUCAGCAGUCCGAGAAGAAAAGCCCUCCGCGUGUCUUUCUGGCAGCUUACGCCAUCUUCCUCGCAGGAAGCUUCGCCGUCUACCACCUGGUUGCCAAUGGCGAGUUCUCCUCCAUUCUCACCAUGGCACAGAUGAUCCAAUGCCUGGCAUUUGUCCUGCUCACCAUCAAGUCCCUUUCCCAAGGCAGUGUCGCCGGCCUGUCGGCGAAGUCCCUUGCCCUGGAGGCGCUCGCUUUCGCCUGCCGCCUCUCAUCUACAACGUGGCUCAACGGCUAUUUGCCGGUGGAUGCAUCUGGGGACUUUGUGUAUCAGGCCGUCGAGAUUUGCAGCCUCUGCCUCGUCUUAUUUCUGCUCCAUCGCGCGUUUGUGUCCCAUCGUUGGAGCUACGAGGAGGAGGCUGACUCUCUGCCAGUGCUGCCGAUGGUCAUUGCAAGCCUCUUCCUGGCGGCGCUCCUCCAUGCGGACAUGAACAGUCGCCCGGUUUUCGAUACGCUUUGGAUGGCCGGGCUCUUCCUCAGCGUGGUAUCCGUGCUUCCCCAGUUGUGGCACAUCCACCAGUCGGGCGGCGUGAUCCAAGCGUGCACAGGCCACUACAUCGCGAUGCUCGCCUGCAGCCGUGCUUUGAGUGGCAUCUUCAUGUGGCAUGCUCGCUUCGACAUCACCUGCGUGCCGCUCGUGGGAAGCUUCAACCAGGCGAGCCGAAUGAAGCUGCUACAGCCGAUUGCUCUGCUAGCCGCACUGAGUACCUUCGGCGUCGGGAACACCGCCGGUUACUACGAACGCAACAUCCGAGGGAAGUUCCUCCGGCUGGACCCGUCCAAGCUCCCCGCGAACCCCCCGAAGGGGCGGAAUGCGACCAAGAGCUCCAAAGAGGCGCGAAGCAAAGAGCACUGGAAGCACCUCCGUUAUGAGGACUUCGAGCCUUUGAGAUUGCUUUGGGGCCAGUACAUUCGGGACUUGUCUCCAGCGAACGACGACGAGCUAUCCGACAUCUUGGCCCGUGCCGACUUGCACGGGAGCAGUCUUCGAGUGGCCCAGGCGAGAAACCCGGGCAUGGUACGCCUGACGGGCACGGUCAUCGAAGAGACGCAGAAAACCUUCCGGAUCAUCACUUCCGACAACCAGGUCAAGGUGCUGCCGAAGGAGAGCUCCGUGUUCGAGGUCGAGGCCCUUGGCCGCUCCUUGCGCCUCCUGGGGCCCUCCUACGUCCAGCGCUGGACAGAGAAGGGGCCGAAGGGCUCGAAGCCACCGGAGCGGUGGUCGCUGCAGUGA